UGCGCAUUUGUGUUGUCCGACAUUUUGCGCCAAGUUCUGGGAUUUUUACAUAAAUCGUAUUAGAAAAAUUGCAAUAAUUGUUAAAAUAUUUAAGCAAAUGAGCUUUCAAGAGCGGGUUUCGAUCCAGAUUUUUAUUUUAAAGUUAAUCAUGUAAAGAAAACUUGCAGAGUGUUGGUAUUGAGCUAGAAAAUUGAUGUACAAAUUUCUAGUUUUUGACGUUUACUCAAAAAAUCGACCAAGAAUGGAUUUGAGUCGCUGACAGUAUCUAGAUUAUCUAUCUGUUAUUGAGGCAUCGUCAAGAUUUAGUUCUCACUUACCAUGGCUACCGUGGAGUAUGAUCUGGAUACAUCUGGUGGUCUUAUGGAGGAAAUUCAAAAAUUAACAGCACCUCCUGUCAGUGAAGAUUUGGCAAGAAAGCAACGCCGGCAAGAUAGAGAAAGAAGGCGACAUGGCAGAGCUGUUAAUCAUGAUUGUUGUGACAGCUGUAAAGAAGGGGGUGAUUUGCUUUGCUGUGACCGUUGUCCAGCAGCAUUUCAUUUGCAGUGCCAUGAUCCACCUCUAGAUGAGGAUGAACUGCCACCUGGUGAAUGGAUUUGCCAUCGAUGCCGGAUCAGUCCCCCAGAGCCGGAUGAAGAUGAGGCUACGUGCAGUGCUAUGAAAGCUGGCACAAAAAGUAGACCGAAACGGCAGCAUUCUCAAGAAGAUGACAAAGAACAUCCACUGCAGAUGCUUGCAAAAGCUGCCAAGCUUAUAAACCCUGUGCAAUUUGAUUUGACAAAGGAUAUUGCCUGUACAACACCAUUACCUGGUUCUAGUAAGAGACGACCCGGGGUUCGGGCAAGUAAUAAGAAACUUCCUCAUGAACAUGACAAUGGUAUAGUCCCAUUACCAGCCAAAGUGUGCUUCAUAUGCAGCAAAAGUUGCCGUGUUUCUCCUUUAAUCCAGUGUGACUAUUGUCCCUUGUUGUUCCACCAAGACUGUUUAAAUCCACCACUGACCACACUUCCCACAGGAAGAUGGAUGUGUCCAAACCAUGUGGAAAAUGCUGUGGAUGAGAAACUUCUGCACUCGCUGGGAUUGCAUGAGCGGAUCCAGCUGUGGGACAGGUUUUCUGGCCACAUAGAUCAGCAUGCUGUAAAGAUUAAAUUUUUGCGGCAAGGUCACAGACUGCACCCACCAUUCAGAUUAAAAAAAAAAACUCCAUGCAGAAAAACCAUUACGAUCCCAGCAGCAAUAAAACAACAUUACAUAAAUCCUCCAUCAUUACUACCAACAGCAGCCAGUGGAACCCACUCUAUGACUCUAGAAUCUUCAAUACCAAGAGAACAUGGUGAAAUCUCCCUUGAAGAACAGGAAGAGUGGCUCACAGCUGUUGUCUCAUUACAAACUAGUAUAGCUAAAUUUCUAGCUCAAAAACAGUUACAUAAAGCCACAGAAAGUGCUAAAACUGCUGACCAAGCAAAAUCUGACCACUCUAAACCAACGGCAUCUGUUGCUCCAGUUGUUCAUAGGGACUGUGAUAUGCAAGACCAGGAUGAUUUUAUGGAGGAAACUAUUUCGAGUGCUUCAAAAGCGGAAACGUUUGACUGUGAUAGGACGUCUUUAAAUGGGUCUGCCGUGUGCAGUCCCGUCCAGGAACCUUUUUCUAACGGUCCGUUUGAAGUGUCGAAGGGGUCUACGGUGUCGUUACUUCAUGGGACUUCAAGUGCCACCGUGAACGGUGAUAUAGAUUUUGUGAAUUUACAAAGGACUAAGCCUGACGCUGUUGUGAUACGGACACGAAGCAAUAGCGGGGACUCUCCCAUCCCCAACAUUGUCAAGGUGAACUGGCCACCGGGAGAGAAGCCCUGUGCCAGUUCAAACAGUGCAGGCUCAGUUACCAAUACGCAAGGCAAAAACAUUGUCAUCAGUGCUAUAAACAAGUCGAAUAACACGGUUGUCACAAAGGUGUUGUCUCAUUCUAAUCAGGGAGGUAAGACUGUGUCCACGAACAGUGCCGUUAAGAAUGCAGUGGGCAACAACCCAACGUCCAUCCUGUCUCCCCGACAGCAGACGGUCAAGCUGGGCACUUCUGGCUCACAGAGCAAGUGCACAGUGUCUCAUGCCAUGGGAACCAUCUCAAGUCCAAAGGUCAUCACAGUUUCGGCAUCUCAUUCAGGUGGAAAACUUGCCUCAGGCAGCAUAACCACUACUCUGGGUAAGGGAGGCAACUUGAGUACUUCAAAUUCUACAAUAAUCAAUCUGAACAACACAUUGCAGCAGUUCAUUGAAGGAAAUUCAGAAUCUGAGUUGAGUAAAAUAGAUGAAAAAUUAAUCCAAAUUCUUGCAUGGCAGCGACUUCAGCAGCUCACAUCAGACAAAUCGGAGAUGCUACCUACCAAGAGGGGAGUUUUGAAUGGCCUCUUGCAACAAUCCAGUGAAGAUGGAUCUUGUGAAGUAAGAGCACGUGCUGUGUUGUGUCCCCUGACUGGCAAAGGUCAGGCAAUACCAAUGCCAUACAGAACAAUGGGCAUAGGAACAGGUGCUGACAUGGAUGUCUGUCUCAAUCAGUUUGGUCAUUGCAAUUUUGUGUCACCAAAACACGCAUGCAUAUUUUACGAUGAGAUGACGAAGCAUUACGAACUCCUGAAUUACAGUGAACAUGGAACAACGGUCGACAAUGUGCUGUACUCGUGUGACUUCUCCGACAAGCCUGCCACCAUGCCUCAACCCUCCCCUGUUGUGGCAGCUGUUCGUGACGUUAUCAGCAAGGCCAAACAGAAACUUGAGGACGAGGAGCAUAAGCGACUGACAAUGACUGCCAAAGCAAAUGAUAAUUCACGCCACUGCAACUGUCGAGUAAGCAGUUCUAGUCUGAUAGGCGGGAGUGGUGCAGGCUGGGAAGGCACGGCACUGUUACAUCACGGGAGCUAUAUCAAAGUUGGUUGUUUGCAAUUUGUGUUCAGCAUCGUGGACCAGGCAGCGUCAGAGCCUAUCAUAGAGAGACGGUCAGAGUCGAUGUCCUUACUGAAAACUCGCCUCAAGGCAACAGCUCAAUAACACAGGGCCGUGCACACUCUAAUUCAACAUUAUUUAAAGGCAGCUCGCAAACAACACAUAGUGAAAAAAACCUUUGUUGUUCACUGAAAAGGCACCUCCCCCUCGGUGAAUUAAAAGAAAAAUCCUUGUGUCAAAUUAGUUCUCAUGGAAUACAUAUGAUAUAUCAUGUUUCAAACACCAACCUAUUAUUUUCCUUCAGUAGAAACAAAAGCAAUGGUCUAUGAAAUUGUGAUCUGGAGUUGUGAACACACACCUGGAAGGUUGUUUAUAAUUUAAGCAUGCUUUUCAGUAAGAAAAAUAAAAAGUAUUGCAACUAUGCACAUGUUUUGAUAAUCGCCCCCCCAAAAGGUUUUAAUCCACAGUUGAUGUAAUUGUAUAUUUUUUUGUAUCGAAAGUAGCUACAUUUUUGUACUUAAUGACUUGUUACAAUGUUUAUAUCUUAAUAUUGUAUAUUUAUCUACUUGUUAAUUGAAUUUUACUUGUUAGUUAUUUGCAAGCAGUUACAAACAGACCUAUGUUUCUUGAUGCAGGUAUUACAUGUCUGAUAGCAUGGUGUAGUAGAACAUAAUUCCAUUUUCCCCAUCUCACACAACAAAACAAGUUUAGAUCACACAACCCUGUACGGUGGUUAUGUUAUUGUGUGAAAAGAUAUACCACAUAUCUGUCAUCUUGAUUAACUAUAAUAGUCUUAAACUUUUAUUUUAAUUCCUUGCAGACAGGACAGUACAUACCAUUGUCUCAGAAGCAUCAGUCAUGAAGGACUGAUUGUAAAGGGAAAUAACCUUGUGAGUCAGACUUUCGUCUGUUUGCUCUUCAGUCCCAACACAUUUCACUAGAAUCCAGCUUCAUAUAAUGUCUGUAUUUAUAAAUAAUCUUGAUAACUAUUGACUGCAAUACUGUUUAUUCCAAGUGUUCAUGAGGUUUAUUAUACACUGUCCGAUUUAUCUAUCUUAUUUUUAAGAGGAAUGCUAUUCCUGUUGCCACACCAAAUAUGCAUGCAUGAGGUUGGCAAGUGUUCCCAGAUUUCAAAGGUCACAUCAGAUGAUGAGUUUGUUCAUGUAUUUGUCAGUGUUGAAAUAAUGUAGCAAGUAGAAAGUACUUGAACCUUUUACAAUACAACUUUUAGACAAU